AUGUAUUUCGAAGUCAAAGUCACAGAAGAACAAAGUCGUUUAGCAUUAAUUGCUGCCUUUUUAUGUCCAUAUGCAAAACAAUAUUUGACUGUAUCUGAUUUGAAAAAAGCUGAAACUAUACUUAUUCAAGAAUAUAAUGAAAUUCUUCGGUCGGAAAAACUUAUAUCAUCAGCAACAACAAAUAAUAUUAUAGUCUCGUCAAGUAAUGCUGAACAAUCCAUGGAAUCAUCUAAAGGUCAUAUGGAAAAAUCAAUCGAUUAUUUAUUAAAAAUUUGCUUAGCAGAAAAACCACCAGUUCAUAAAACCACCAACAAAAGAACUAUAUGGACUAUACAGCAAGAAUUAGGUUAUUAUGCGACGACAGGGACUCCAAAACGAAAUUUUCAAUCGUACUGGAACUUAAAUCAAGAUAAAAUGCCUAUAUUAGCUUCAUUGGUUCCUCGAUUUUGCUUAUGA